GUUUUAAUAAUUUCUUGGGUAUGCAGCAUGCAGCAUGACUCACUGAUAACGGUCUUUAAAAAUUUAAAUCGAUCAGCCGAAAAUGUUUUUAUUUUUUGUGCAAAAAUUCAAUUUGUGAAAUCACAAUUUUAUUAAUUUAAGUGCUUAAUACUCUUUGAAGUGGCUAUAUCUGCAUGCCAUAAUGGCCGUUGGAGCGUUUCCUGCAGCUAAACUCGGAGUUUUGGCCCUCAAGCAAAUAUCCAAGCCAAUAGCUAAUGUCCUUAAAACGCGAGCAAAGAGUAGUCCAUUCUUCCGUAAAUACAUUUGCAUGCCACCAGCUCAGUUUUAUAAUUAUAUGGAAGUAAAGAUGAAAAUGUUGGCACUGAACUUGGGAAAGCCCACAGCUGUGCCUAAAUUAACGGAAGCAAUGGCAAUUGAAUUAGGAGCAAAUCUUUUAGGUGAGACUAUCAUAUUCGCGAUAGGAGCUGGCCUUCUAAUAUUAGAAUAUCAAAGACAAAGUAGAAAGGAACUACACAAAGAAGAGAUGUUAAUUCAAGAGAAAAUGGAAUUGCAAGCUACGCUUAAUGAGCUGGCAUUUCAGGCAGAACGGCAGGAUACACAAAUUAGAGAAUUGACGAGAGUUAUUGCCGAUCUAGAUUCGAGAUCCUGGACACCCAAGAUAGUAAACGAUUUUGUCUUCAGAAAGAAGGCACAGUUAGAGGAACGCGGAGAAGACAAUCCAUUGGAAUUACUGCCUGAAAAACCCAAAAGAACUCCAAAAAAGGCUACAAUCAGUGAUAAGAAUUCAACAGACACUGGUAACGAACGGUCUUCAAUUUUACUUAAUGCUGUUCAUUUUCUUACUGAUGAUUUAAAACUUUUAAAUUAUAGCGACGAAAACAGCACAAGCGACGACCAAGUAAAAUCUUCGUCCAAUAAUGCUCUCGAUAGAGCUAUCAAUGAUUUAUUUAUUGAUCAAAACGAAAUAGAAGAAGAUCGUUAGUCACAAGUUAUUGUUGAACAGAAUUAUGUGUAAAAAAUGUUUUAAUUUUUGUAGUAAAAUUAAGUUAUGCUGAGUUAUGAUUUAUGUUUCAAUUUUAUGAGUUGCAAAAAUAACGGAAAUAAAAAAUUUGAAUUUUGACAGCAAA